UUUGCAUGAAAUUUGUUUCAGAUGCCGACAUUCAAAGAUGGCGACGUUGUUGUGAACGAGUCAAACGCCAUCUGCUUCUAUCUUAAGAAUAAAUUUCCAGACAAAGGGACGAAACUCCUUCCUGACGAUAAAGCCGAAUUUGGCCGAAUUGUAAAGAGAUGUGCUGAGACUGCCACCGUGUACGACAACUUCAUCGUGAACAUCGCUCACUACAGAUUUAGUACCCCGAAAGAGAAACUUGAUGAGGAGCUGUUAAAGACGAAGUACGAGGCUGCUCGAAAGGAGUUGAAAUUAUGGGAGGGCUACCUCGCGGCAAGCGGAGGCUACGUCGUCGGCAGCAACUUCACCAUGGCGGAUGUCUUCUUCUUCCCAUAUGUCGCUUUCGGGGUGAGACUCGGUCUUGAUGUCUCGAAAUACCCCGCUAUUAGUGCCUACUACGACAAGGUCAAGGACAGACCAUCCGUGAAAGCAUCAUGGCCGCCACACUGGGCUGAGAAGCCCGCUGACACUUCAAUGUUUAGACCUAUUUAGGACCUGUCGUUGAGAAUGGCGACAAAAAGCUGCAGCUUCUCAUAUUAUCCAACGCUGUUAAUUCAACAGCUUUAGUUUGGCUUCAAAGUCAUAUUGUACAUAUAUUUAGCGAAAUGUUUGACAAGAUCCAUGUAUGAAUUGCUUUGGGUUUUACGUUGCAAUCAACUCUGAUCUAAAAAUCACGGUAACACACGAACGUUUUCUGAUAUGGUACAUGGUUGGACUAGUGGAAUCAAACGAAGAGUUUCGUUUUAGUUCAUAAUCACGAUUCACCCCAGCUAUGAACCUUAAUCGGGGCGUGCAAUAACGUCUGCUAUACCACGGUACGGGCGACACAAAUAUUGUUGAAAUAAAUAUUAAAUUCACUGGUCGAAGCGGAUUUAGGUUUUUAUCAAAGUUCACACUCACUUCAUGCCGAACCAAAGAACGACAUCCGUGGCAGCAACGUUUUUUAAUCGAAAACAAUCAUAAGCCUGAGAUAUUACUAUCCACGUUUUUCGCUAUACUUAGCAUAUAUCAGUAUAUUUUACAGAUAGUCUUGUACCUAUUGUACCUUCAUUGUUACAAUAAACUAUUACUUAACUUUCCCUUUAUUUUUUAAAGUUGCUUCCUGGCUGCAACUGUGACAACGAUAGUGAAUCAGAGACUUGAGGAAUGAGUGAGUGAGUGAUACAAAGUGAUUUUGUAAAAGAAAUGGGCUUCACACAUUGUACGAAUGUGGGAACUCGAAAUCGGGUCUUCGGCGUGAAGAGCGAAGGUUUUCCCCAACAGCCCCACUUGAGCAGUGAAGUAUAUUUUCAAAAGAUCGUAAUCGUAUGUGGUUUGGACUUCAUUUACAUUCGCAUGUCAUACCUCUUUUCUCUGAGUAAUAAAUUAUUAUACAAAA